GACGCCAGGAUAAUGGAGGAAAGGUUGAUAUCCGCAGUGUCUGAUUACCCCGAGUUGUAUAACUCAACUUUAAAUUCAUACAAAGACGUCGACAAGAAAGCGAAAGCGUGGAGAGCUGUUAGUCUGCAAGUGGAAUUGCCGGGUAAGGAGGAUCGGUUAGAACGGGCGCCGGAGUGGCUAGCGAGCAAUGCUAAUCAAGUGGUCACUGGUGAAUGAGCCACUCACAACACAAGGCGAAGCGGCCGUUGUUUCUGGAAAUUAAACGCAUUAGCGACCCCCUUCGCAUGUCUCCACGGUGUAAUAAUGCAUCGUAAUAUCAUUAUAUCAGUACAACCCGAAGAUAUUACUGCUGGAUUCUUAAAACAAAAACUCUGCUCGCAAGAUCAUGCUGCUGCUGCUCGUGUCGUUAGUUAGCUAGGAAGGAAUACCAACCUGGCCGCUCGGUAUCAAAAAAAAGUGUCGAGAGAGACAAACCCUGGAAACUGGGCUUUCGGCCUCAUUCAUUCAGUGAUGCUUCAACUCGAGCCAAAGACCCGUGCCACGGAAAAUACUUGCUCCCCCCCUUUCCACCGGUUUCCACUUUUGAACAUGUAAAGCUGCACUCACUGGAGUUGAAAUUGACCUAAAAAUGUUGAUGAUAUGCUCGUGCCGCAAGUUCGCAGCUCUUGAGUUGGGAAUUUUCCAAGAGGAAGACUGUCGGAGGAAAUGGAAGAGCUUGAGGGACAUGUUCAUUAAGGACAAGAGGUCUGAGCAGCGGAGGAAAGCCUCAGGAGGGAAUCACCGGAGUUGGAAAUAUAGCUGGCACAUGGCUUUUCUGACUCCAUUUAUACAGUCGCGGUCAACUCACGCUGCGGCCACUGCAGAUGACCUGGAUGAAGAGAGGGAGGAGGAUGAGAAAGAGGAUGAGAAGAAUGAGAACAGAAAUGCUGCUUUUGCCAUUCAUGAGCUGGAGGGAGAGCACAGUGGUAUGGAGACUCCCCCCCAUUUCCCCACCUCAAGCUCACAUGUACCCAGGCGGAAGCGGAGACUGCAGGUGGACAGUUUGGAGGGUGCUGAGGACGAGAUGUUUCUUUUGAGUCUGCUCCCUUACCUGAAGAGGCUGCCUUAUGAAAAGAAAAGUGCCAUCAAACUGAAAUUUCAUCAGUUGCUUUAUGAAGCUGAAUUUCAAUAAGUUUUUGGGAAAAAUACAACAAUAUUUGCUGUAAAUAUUUGUUAUAACAGGUCAGGGUGCAAGACAAAAAUAGGCUCUUUUUUGAACACUGCAACAAGAAAUUACUAGUGUUGAUCGUUUUGCAUUUUCCUUCAGUAGUAGGUGGGGCAGGUGCACUGACAAAAUCUGUUUUUAUUAUAUGAAAAAGGUUGAGAAGGCAUGUUCAUUUCCUAUUUCAUUUUAUGAUUUUUUUUUUUUUUUUUAUAUUUUUACAUAGAGGAAAAAUUAUGUUCAACUAGUCUAAUUACUACAGAAACUGUAAUUCUUAGGGAGAUACUUAUUUGGCAGUUUUUGGGAUGUGUGGUAUACACGUUUUUAGUGUACAAGAGAUGAACAUGAUUGAUGUGGUUAUUUUUUUACCAGGUGUCUGGUGAAUAAACCUUGAUAUUUCAUAAAUACAUGGACAUAAUGGGGGUGGCUUGUCUCAAGCAAGCAUUAUGUCCCCCAGAAUAUAUAUGUGCAUAACUCCAUAGAGUACUGUUACUAAUGUUUUUUUUUUUUUGGUCCUUCAUUACCUGAAAAGAUGUUAUGACACUGCAUAAAUCUGUAAGACUGUAGUAUGGUUGAAAAAACUGUUAACAUAAAAAGAAGCAUUGUCGGUGUCGGAGAACAUUGCAAUGUGAGGUCUUUUACCAACCUCUUCUGUAUGAGAACAUCUUUGCCGUUUGACUGUGUGUCAUGGAAAGUGUCUUUUGGGCGCUUUUAGACGGUUUUUAAUGUUUUACACCUGACGUGUGGAGAUGGGUUGAAGACAAACCACCUUUCAACCAUGCUAUCAGAUAACUUCCUCCAGAUAACCUCCUAAAUGCAAAAUGAUUUAAUUUGUUUCACUCUAACAGGAAUUGCAUUGGACUCUGUCUGUAAU